AAGGCCCCGGAGUGCGCCAGCGGCAUGUACAAAGAGACCGUCUACUCCGCCUUCAAUCUGCUCAUGCACUACCCACCCCCCUCGGGAGCAGGGCAGCACCCCCAGCCGCAGCCCCCGCUGCACAACAAGGCCAGUCAGCCCCCCCAUGGCAUCCCCCAACUCUCUCCUCUCUACGAACAUUUCAGCAGCCCACACCCCACACCUGCACCUGCGGACAUCAGCCAGAAACAAGGAGCUCACAGACCUCUGCAGACCCCUGACCUCUCUGGCUUCUACUCUCUGACCUCAGGCAGCAUGGGACAGCUCCCCCACACUGUGAGCUGGUUUACCCACCCAUCCUUGAUGCUAGGCUCCAGUGUACCUGGUCACCCUGCAGCCAUCCCCCACCCAGCCAUUGUGCCCCCCUCAGGGAAGCAGGAGCUGCAGCCCUAUGACCGCAGCCUAAAGACACAGGCCGAGUCCAAGGCAGAGAAGGAGGCCAAGAAGCCAACCAUCAAGAAGCCCCUCAAUGCCUUCAUGCUGUACAUGAAGGAGAUGAGAGCCAAGGUCAUCGCAGAGUGCACACUCAAAGAGAGUGCUGCCAUCAACCAGAUCCUGGGCCGCAGGUGGCAUGCGCUGUCGCGGGAAGAACAGGCCAAGUAUUACGAGUUGGCCCGCAAGGAGAGGCAGCUGCACAUGCAACUAUACCCAGGCUGGUCGGCACGGGACAACUACGGAAAGAAGAAGAGGAGGUCAAGGGAAAAGCACCAAGAAUCCACCACAGACCCUGGCUCGCCUAAGAAAUGCCGUGCUCGCUUUGGCCUCAACCAGCAGACGGAUUGGUGUGGUCCGUGCAGGAGGAAAAAGAAAUGCAUUCGGUACUUACCCGGAGAAGGCCGCUGCCCCAGCCCCGUUCCUUCCGAUGACAGUGCUCUAGGCUGCCCUGGGUGCCCAGCUCCCCAGGACUCACCCUCAUACUUUCUGCUGCCCCACUUCCCCACAGAACUGCUUGCUAGCCCUGCGGAGCCAGCACCUACAUCCCCAGGUCUCUCCGCUGCUCUCAGCCUCCCAGCCCCUGGGCCCCCACAGGCCCCCUGCAGCAUCCUGCAGAGUACACAGGUACAGCAACAGGAAUCUCAGACACAGGCGGCCUAGCAUGCACAGGACACCUGGCCUCCUCCAGGGACCCACUCCCUGACAAGAGGAAGUGACAGUGGCCCAAAUCACAUGGAGACUGGCCAGAGGCCCUGUUAACUCCUUCUCAGGGUCCAGACCCUAAGGAUUUCAGAGUCAGCACAACUUCUGCCUAAACCUGAGGCCAUCAAUUCAAACUGCGCCAAGUGGUGGGAAUAAGAAUCUGUGUUGAUGUGUCACCUCAUUAAGGCAUCCCUGUGCCUAUGGCAGCCUGCCUCUAUUCUUUUUAUCUGUCUUGCUAUCCCAAUGCUCCUGCUGCUCUUGCUUUUCUGUUAUAGGGCACAGAUGGGCUGGACUGAGCCCAGCUACCUUGUCUACCCUUGCCUCCCCUGUCCCCCACUGCCACACUCUCCCCAUAACAGACACUUCUUCAUGGACCAAGAAUGAGCUGGUUUAUCAAACAACAUGUGAGCAUAAUCACAACCACAAAGCUCAAGAUGACAAUGCUUCUCUUAAAGGAAUGGAGAAGCUCUGUUUACAGCAAACCAGCUGCCACUCAUAAGCUGGACCAGAGGAAGCCUCUUACCAUGUUCUCAGGAGCUUGCAAGAAAAGGAGGGAAUGGACUAGAUUAAGUUUAGGCCUGUCAACCUAGGCAACAGAAAUAACUUGACACUACCCUAUCAGGCAAGUGUGGGUGGUGGGCGUAUCUGGCUCUAGUCCAAAUUACUUGGACAUGUUUCCUGAGAAACUCACUAACCUAAAAAAGCCUUGAUAUCAAGGCCCCAGGCCUGUCACUAGCAGCUGCAGCCAACAGUCCAAAGAAGUCAUGGUCCAAGUCUGUUGCGGAUCCCUCCCUAUUCAGAGAGCCUUUUUCACAGUUCCAUUUCCAGGUCACCAUGUCAGUCUAGUCAGCUCUUGGGCAGCUGUGAGAGGGCAAAUCCAAAACCUAAUGACAGCCAGACCCUAUCUUCCAGCAUUCAAACCAGGCUAGCUUCAGUUUCCAUAUGGAGCUGCAGGAAGGAGGACCACUGCAACAAAAGCAAGGAGCCCAGAGGGAAAACCUCUAGUGGUGGACACUGGAUUUUCACCAGUCUACUCUGACCCAUUUUUGAGCCAGCUUCAACCCUGAGCCUUGAAAAACAAGUCUUUUUUUAAUUUAACUUUGUUUCUGCCUCCUCACUGUACAUAGCCUGAAUCCAAAGAAAAAGGGCUGUCCAUGUACUCACAUCCCUCAAAAGCCUUUAGUUCCUACUUUAGCUACUGGUUUCUCAGAAUCCAAAGAUCAUGUAUUCUAGUGUAGCCUUGCAAAAAGUUUCGAGAAAAAAGGACUAGUGUUCGAAAUAUUUUUGUAUUGUUAAUGCAUCAUCACAAAAAAAUGUUUUAAAGAAUAAAGAUACUUUUUACUGGGUUUGUUUUUCAAAGA